AUGGCGCAGGAAGGCAGUGUUUAUGAAGUCACACUUGGUGUGGUUGGCAUGACUUGUGGCUCCUGUGUUCAAUCCAUAGAGCAGCGGAUCGGUUCUUUUCCGGGGGUAAUACACAUAAAGGUCUCUUUAGAGGAGGCAAAUGCCACAGUUAUUUAUAACAACACCCACCAAAGCGAAGAGUCCCUGUUGAAGGCCAUCGAUGACAUGGGAUUCGAAUCAAGUUCAUCAGCAUCCGGCGCGGCCGCACCAGUUCAUAUUGACAGCCAGCUGAUCCCCACAUCCGAACUGACGUCUGCGGCUCGACAGGAGGCUUUGGAGAAGCUGUCUCAGAUCGCAGGAGUACUGAAUGUCAGAGAAAGUCCGACCAAAGAGGACUUCACCGUCACUUUUGUGCCGUCUUUGACGUCCGUACAGGAGCUUACCAAAAUUAUUUUGAGCGCCUCGCCAUCAGAGAACGCUACUCCUGCUAGCCCUGUUCCAAAAGACUUGCCAGGUUCUCCAUCGCACAACUCAGAAAGUAAAGCGGCGCUCAUGAAGAUGAGCAUUCAAGGCAUGACCUGUCAUUCAUGCACAACCACAAUUGAGGGGAAGAUUGGAAAAUUAAAAGGGAUUGAAAAGAUCAAAGUCAGUUUGGAUUCUCAGGAAGCUGCAAUUGUGUAUCUGCCUUACCUCAUCAGUGUUCAGACCAUCAUUGACCAGAUUUCUUUGGCCGGCUUUAAAGCUUGUGUGAAGUCCAAACCACGCCCUUUGCAACUGUCCCUUAGUCAAGUUGAACAGUUUGCCGAUUCUCAAAAAACGAGCGUUUCUCCACCAUUAGAGGAGGAGAUCUUCAUUGACACAAUGUUCGUGGCGCUCAUGGUAAAAGGGAUGCACUGUCGAUCCUGCGUGGUCAAUAUCCAAGACAACAUCUCCACAUUGCCUGGUGUAUCAUCUGUGGAGGUCUCUCUUGAGGAGGAGAAGGCCUCCAUCUGCUAUGACCCGCAGAAAGUUACAGUUUCUCAAUUACAGCAGGCAAUUGAAGCACUUCCCCCGGGGAACUUCAAGACUCAACCCUGGGAUUCUUCUGGGCUCCUCAGCCCUCCAGCUACCUCACCUCCGCUGACUUUAUCUUCACCUCCAGUGUUUGGAUUAUCCCUGGCCAAACCUGCUGUACCCCAACCUUGUUUUAUCCAGCCUCUAGCAUACACAGCCAAGAUUGACAUUGAGGGCAUGACAUGUAAUUCCUGCGUCCAGACUAUCGAAGGAGUGAUGUCUGAAAGGAAAGGUGUGAUGUCGGCCCGGGUCUCUCUGGAUGAUCGGCAGGGUUUCUUUGAAUAUGAUCCGCUAUUGGUCUCCCCAGAGGAGCUUAGGGAUGCCAUAGAAGACAUGGGCUUUGAGGCCUUCUUACCUGAGAAUAAUACCCCGUCAGCCGUGUCACGUUCUAAUGUCUCCAAGUCUUCAAGUCUAGCGCCAAUGAGAGAUAAGGAAGUAGACAUCAACCUCCUCAAAGAGACACCUUUGGAUCGCAAAACAGACAGGCGAGACAAAAACAUUAGUGCGAACAAGUGCUUCAUCCAGAUCCGAGGCAUGACCUGUGCAUCAUGUGUGGCGAACAUUGAGCGAAACCUCAAAAAUGAACCUGGUAUCUACACUGUUUUGGUAGCGUUAAUGGCUAGUAAGGCCGAAGUACGGUAUAAUGCCGAAAUGAUCGACCCUGGGAAGAUUGUGGAGUGCGUGAACGAGCUGGGCUUCUCAGCCUCAGUUAUGGAGAACUAUGAAGGUUCAGAUGGCAACCUGGAAUUAGUGGUCAGGGGAAUGACUUGUGCCUCUUGUGUCCACAAAAUUGAAUCAAGCCUUAUGAAAGAAAAUGGGAUUAUAUAUGCCUCUGUUGCCUUAGCAACCAACAAAGCACACUUCAAGUAUGACUCUGGAGUGAUAGGACCGCGAGACAUCAUUAAGCUGAUUGGGAGUUUGGGUUUUGAAGCAUCUCUAGUGAAAAGAGACCGUGCCGCCAGCCACUUGGACCACAGCAAAGAGAUACGACAGUGGAGGAAAUCCUUCCUGGUGAGCCUAGUAUUCUGUGUGCCUGUGAUGGGUAUGAUGAUAUACAUGAUCAUCAUGGACCACCAGAUGAAUGUUUCACAUCACCACAACGCCACGGCCGAAGACCGCAAUCACUUCCAUGCCACCAUGUUCUUAGAGAGGCAGUUGCUCCCAGGCCUCUCUGUCAUGAACUUGCUCUCUUUCCUCUUUUGUGUGCCUGUGCAGUUUAUUGGUGGUCGCUACUUCUAUAUUCAAGCCUACAAAGCAGUAAAACACAGAUCUGCCAACAUGGACGUGCUUAUUGUACUGGCAACCUCCAUAGCCUUUACGUACUCCUCCAUGGUACUAAUAGUGGCCAUGGCGGAGAAAGCAAAAGUCAACCCCAUCACUUUCUUUGACACCCCGCCGAUGCUCUUUGUUUUCAUCUCAUUGGGACGCUGGCUGGAACAGAUAGCCAAGAGCAAAACAUCUGAGGCUCUUUCAAAGCUCAUGUCCCUGCAAGCCACUGAGGCCACAGUGGUCACUCUCAGUAGCGAUUCAUCCAUUCUAAGUGAGGAUCAAGUGGAUGUUGAACUUGUACAGAGGGGAGAUGUAGUAAAGGUUGUCCCUGGUGGAAAGUUUCCAGUUGAUGGCAGAGUCCUUGAAGGUCAUUCCAUGGCAGAUGAGUCUCUCAUCACAGGUGAGGCCAUGCCUGUGACCAAGAAGCCAGGGAGUGUUGUGAUUGCGGGCUCCAUUAACCAGAAUGGCUCCCUGCUGGUCAGCGCUACACAUGUUGGCAUGGACACCACCCUGUCGCAGAUUGUCAAAUUAGUUGAAGAAGCUCAGACCUCAAAAGCUCCUAUCCAGCAGUAUGCUGAUAAGAUCAGCGGCUACUUUGUACCCUUCAUUGUCGGCGUGUCUGUCCUCACUUUGAUUUCCUGGAUUAUCAUUGGGUUCCUGGAUUUCCCUCUUGUGGAAAAAUACUUUCCAGGUUAUGACAAGAGCAUUUCCCGGGCUGAAGCGGUGAUUCGCUUCGCUUUCCAGGCCUCCAUAACAGUCUUAUGCAUUGCCUGUCCGUGCUCCCUCGGUCUGGCGACGCCGACGGCUGUCAUGGUGGGCACUGGGGUUGGAGCUCAAAAUGGCAUUCUGAUAAAAGGAGGGGAACCUCUGGAAAUGGCGCACAAGGUCCAGUCGGUGGUGUUUGAUAAGACCGGGACCAUUACGUAUGGCGCUCCAAACGUUGUCCAGGUGAAAAUACUCGUGGAGGGCAACAAGAUGCCCCGCUCUCGACUGCUCGCUAUCGUGGGCACAGCAGAGAACAACAGCGAACAUCCUUUAGGAGCGGCUAUCACCAAAUACUGCAAGCAGGAGCUCGGCACGGAGUCGCUCGGCACGUGCACAGAAUUCCAGGCCGUUCCGGGCUGUGGCAUUCGGUGUCGGGUCAGCAACACAGAGAUGCUGUCAAAGCACGUGGACAGUGACAGCGAGGACAACAACCAGCGCAACAGCUUGCUUGUUCAGAUCAGCGACACCCUAACGUCCAGCAGCUCUCAUCCUCUUAUAAUGGAUCCACAGCCACCUAGCCUGGACCAGACUGCAAGCUACGUCGUCUUGAUUGGUAAUCGAGAGUGGAUGAGGAGGAAUUGUCUGCAGAUCCGGCCUGACAUAGACGAUGCCAUGAUAGAGCACGAGCGCAGAGGACGUACCUCUGUUUUGGUUGCUGUAGACAAUCUGCUGUGUGCCAUGAUAGCCAUAGCAGACACAGUCAAACCGGAAGCUGAGCUUGCAGUGCAAACUCUUACCAGCAUGGGGUUGGAGGUUGUGUUGAUGACGGGAGACAACAGCAAGACAGCAAGGGCCAUUGCUUCACAGGUGGGCAUCAGGAAGGUGUUUGCAGAGGUGCUUCCCUCCCACAAAGUGGCUAAAGUGGAGCAGCUCCAGCAGGCUGGGAAAAGGGUCGCCAUGGUGGGCGACGGCAUCAACGACUCGCCCGCCCUGGCCAUGGCAGACGUCGGCAUCGCCAUAGGAACCGGCACAGAUGUGGCCAUCGAGGCGGCAGACGUUGUCUUGAUCAGGAAUGACCUUUUAGAUGUCGUCAGCAGUAUCGACCUCUCUAAAAAGACCGUCAAGAGGAUCAGGAUAAACUUUGUCUUCGCUCUCCUCUACAACCUGGUUGGCAUUCCCAUCGCUGCAGGUGUGUUCCUUCCCAUCGGCCUUGUGUUACAGCCAUGGAUGGGUUCCGCCGCCAUGGCGCUAUCUUCAGUCUCUGUGGUCGUGUCCUCGCUUCUACUCAAAUGCUACGCCAAGCCCACAGCAGAGAAGCUGGAGGCCAGGCUGGGCGGCGACAGGCGGCAGGGCAGCCUGUCCGAUGUCAGCGUCCACAUCGGCAUGGGCGACCUGCGGCGAUCCUCGCCCAAGCUCAGCCUCUUCGACCGCUUUGUCAGCUACAGCCGGGCGUCCAUCAACUCACUGCGCUCCGACAAGCGCUCUAUCCACAGCCUGGUGCUCAGCGAGCCCGACAAACACUCACUCCUGGUGGGGGAGGCGACGUGCGACGAGGUCAUCUGCUGA